GCAGUGCGCGCAGCGGAGGCCGGCAGCGCUCCAGCCUGCUUCACCCGGACGCAAAACAAGAAAAGCAAGAUGAAUGUCGGCGUGGCCCACAGCGAAGUGAACCCAAAUACCCGUGUGAUGAACAGUCGAGGGAUAUGGCUGACAUACGCGCUCGGCGUCGGAAUGCUUCACAUUGUACUGUUGAGCAUUCCUUUCUUCAGUGUUCCUGUUGUGUGGACCCUCACAAACGUUAUUCACAAUUUUGGUAUGUAUGUGUUUAUGCAUGCAGUGAAAGGCACACCAUUUGAAACUCCAGACCAGGGCAAGGCAAGACUUCUCACACACUGGGAACAGCUGGACUACGGCGUGCAGUUCACAUCAUCUAGAAAAUUCUUUACAAUCUCACCAAUCAUUUUAUAUUUUCUUGCCAGCUUUUACACAAAAUAUGACACAGCUCAUUUUGUGAUAAACACAGCUUCGCUUUUGAGCGUUCUCAUCCCCAAAUUGCCACAGCUCCACGGAGUGCGGAUCUUUGGAAUAAACAAGUAUUAAUCCCAAUGUUCAGAGGGCACAGACCAGUUGGGAGCUGCUGCCUGAUAUGGGAAUGUUGUUGAUAACCCUUUGUACUUUGUACCGCAGUUGUGUACACUUAGCAGUUUUGUACAGUCCGUGUAAUUUGUGAGUCUCUUUGUUUGAUAUAUCUUGAGAAAUUGUUGUAGGGAUACGUUAGGAGGACAAUUCCGCAAGCAUUAAUAACUUAAGAUAUUUAAUGUGUUUUUGUUAGUUGUUUUGUGAUCCUCGUGGAUCUGGGCUGGCCCAGGUUUCAUGGUUGAAGUUAUUUUUUUCGUUAAUUAGUUUUUGUUUGUUCAAAUGUGUUCACAACACUGAUACACUGAAAUUGAUUAAUGCUUUUAGCGUCACUUCACAUUUCUGAAUAUGUUCUUAAAUAAUGCCAUGAGUUGAAAAAAAUGUGUUUUUAAAAUCAUUUACAAGCCAUGAAACCUUUCUGCUGUUUCUUGAGUUUUGUUGGAUGUUUUCAUUGCUUCAGAGAUGACAAAUAAUAAACUAAAUUUGCAUGAUUUCCUGAAAACUAUUUGUUCACAAUAUUGUGUAUAGUUUUGUUUGGUUAAUGUCUUACAGCUUCUAAGUGACAGUGAAAAUUUAAUAAGAUUAACAGAUUUAAAGUGCAUUAAGUUGAAGUGAAAUUAAAAAUACAUCUUAUUUCUCUGGUCUCUUUUUGAACUGUUUAUCAGUGCGCAUUAUUUCCAAAAUUUUCUUUUUGAAAAGUUUCCUUUUACCUUAAAACAAAACUUCAAGUUCUUCCCAAAGUUGUUGUAUUUUCAGUUCUAAUCAGAAUGAGUCGAUUACACAAAGUGUCACUAUGUGAUCAGAAAACUCCAGAUCAGAACCAAGCUUCAGCAAACUAUCAUAUUUCUUUACUCUUUUCUGUCACAGUAUUAUUGAAGUUGACAAACUGUAACAUAGACCUGUUAACAGUUCGCAUCCUUCCAUCAUCUUGUCUUUUGACGAUAUCUGCAAAGCCUCAACUGUGCCAAUUGUUUUGCCCUUUUGUUUUGAGAAAAGGUAUGAACAUAGUAUGUUAUCUGUUGUAUGACAUGCUGCAAGCAAAUAAACCUUUGCAAAGUAUUAGCAA